GGAGCUGUAGACCAAUGCAAAUGUCAACCCGUGAACGGCAACUCAUAAACACGAGCGCGUGAGCAGCUGUCAUUUUUUGCCGCUAUACCAACAACAUUAACAAACUUUGCAAAGAGCUACAUUACUGGCGUGAAAAGCAGUGAAUUUCGCAUUUAAUCAUGUCCAUUGGCGUACCAAUUAAAGUGCUGCACGAGGCUGAAGGCCAUGUGGUAACCUGCGAGACCAUCACCGGAGAGGUGUACCGCGGUAAGCUGAUUGAAGCGGAGGACAACAUGAACUGCCAAAUGACGCAGAUCACCGUGACCUACCGGGAUGGACGCGUCGGUAAUCUGGAGAAUGUGUACAUUCGCGGUUCGAAAAUCCGAUUCCUGAUCCUGCCCGACAUGUUGAAGAAUGCACCCAUGUUCAAGAAACAGGGUGCCAAAACUGGAACGGCCGGGCGCGGCAAAUCGGCUAUACUGCGAGCACAGGCCGCUCGAGGCAGAGGUCGUGGAGCCGGAGGUGGUGGAGGUGGGGGUAGAGGCGGCAACAAGGGAGGAUGGCAAGGACAAGGACAGCAAUCUUCCGGCCGUGGACGCGGAGGAUUGUAGAAAAAUUAGUCUACACCACUGCUUAGCGUGUAAGAAUUCAUUUUAGGGCUCCGAGCGGAAAACAGCUCGCAACAAAGCUAAUUUACAUUCAGGAUAAGAACAAGACGCAGAUGGCAAAGUUCGGGACUAUUGAUACACGGAAUAGAAUGCUGAACACGUGUAGCAACGCGUAUAUGAUAACUCGCUAGAAUCGUAAAAUGUAAUGAAAUAGAAUGAAUACAAUCGAAAUGAACUGAAA